AAUUGAUAUGAGGCUGUUAAUCGAUACUUGAUGACGCACAGCAUGUGGUGAGUGUUUCCCACCGCCUGUCCUUCACCCGGACACUUUAUAAAGGUCAUCAUAGUACCGACAGUGUUGUUAUUAUCGCCCGCUGUGACGAGGGGGCGGGCCUAGGAUCGGGGCGCGCUGUGAUUGGCCGUGACGUACCCCCCGCGUGUCACGAUGCUUCCGGUCUGAGCGUACGCGCAUGCGCAGCGACCCCUCUCUUCUGAUAUUCUAUUUACUCCCGAAACCCAAGAUGGCUCCCGUGAAUGUCUCGCUCCCGUAGCGAAUCGAGGAUGCGAGUAGCUGCCGUGAACACAACUUUCCCCCGACCGUCUCAGCCCCUGGAGUUCGUCUCGUAUGCUGCGGAGGAGGCCCACACACCCGUCUAGGCACCCCCCUUCGCUUCCCCCCAUUUGGAGUAGUUUCGCGAAGUAGCGCUUGUCCUUCUCUCUCGCCGUCCGUCCGGAGCGACGCUCAGCCAGGCGGCUCAUCCCAAAUGGCCGAGCCGAGAAAAGUGCAGUUUGUCACCCUGUCGGCCUUCGCAGCCGGGGAGUCGAGGAAACGCCGGCUGGAGGAGGAGGAGGAGGAAGAGGAGGAGGAGGAGGCCGAGUUCAACUUGGGCAGAGCCGGGGAGGAGGCGGCGGUGACCGGGGAGCAGAGGAGCACGGUGCGGCUCAGCCUGAGCCUCCCCGAGCCCGACGACCGCUCCUCCGCAGAGUUCAACUACGCUGAGCUGCUCCAGCACCUGCAGGUAAAGAAUAAACCACCAAAUCUGACUAAAGCGCCCAACAAUCCCAACGACCCCUUCAAUGAUGACGAGAGAGAGCGGCUCCAGGUUGAGGCCCUGGCAAAAAAGUUUGAAAAUAAAUAUGGUGACACAGAGAAGAAGAAGAAGAAGGACAGAAUGCAAGAUUUGAUUGAUAUAGGCUUUGGCUACGACGAGACAGACCCCUUUAUCGACAACUCAGAAGCUUAUGAUGAGCUGGUUCCUGCCUCUUUGACCACAAAGCUGGGCGGAUUCUACAUCAACACUGGCACGCUGCAGUUCAGAGCGGCCUCCGACUCCGAGCCAGAGGAGGACAAGAAGCUGAAUGUCAACAAGGAACAGGUAAUUAAGAAGAGGAAAAAGAAGGAAGAGAAUAAUCUGGAAGAGAAGAACCCGAAGAAUAACAGAGUACCUAAACAAGGAGUGACAGCCCUUACCCUCCACCGGCCGGAGAAGAAGAAGAGGAAGAAGCUGAUGAAGGACUCGCUGUACCUGGCAGCCAUGCUCCGCCGCUUCACCCGGGAGAAGGAGGAUAUGAGGAAAAGCAACACGAACUUGGCUCAGCCCGGUUUGGCAGGAGUUGUGACUAACAAGCGACUCUCCACCAACCCAACAAACCACCCGUUAGCCUCAAACUCCACCCAUCCACAGGGCAACACAGUCAGCAGCGAAUUCUCACUGACUGACCUCACCUCGGACCCAGCUGUGAUAUCACUGCUAGGCUCGGCCAAUGAGAGGGAGCUACAGGAUAUCCUAGGCGACCUGGACUUCAGCUUGUUGGACACUGACCAGCAGCACGCCAUGGUGGCGGCAAGGGAGAAUGGCAUUCUGGGAGUCGGUGUUCCGGGUCUCAAAGGAGCAGCAGUAGGAGUUGGCCAAGGGAAAGGCCCGGGGUCUUCCAGCGGGCUGCUUUCUCCGCCUCUGCUGCCUGAUGGACUACCUGCUCCGCUUAUGAAACGCAUCGAGGACCUGCGGGCGGCCUCGCGGCAGUUUGAUCAAGAGGGCAGGAAGAAAUUUUUCACCUUGGACAUGAAUAACAUUCUCCUGGACAUUGAGUUGCAGGUCCAGGAGCAGCCUCUGGAUGUGCGCUUGAGAAUCUACUCGCACAUGGAGGCAUUUGUGCCGUGCAAUAAAGAAGCCCUCCUCAAACGCCUGAAGAAGCUCAGUCUCAACAUCCAGGAUGAUCGUCUACGGACGCCGCUGUUGAAGCUGAAGCUGGCAGUGUGUAGUGUAAUGCCAGAGCAGAUAGCCAGAUACAACAUGGACUGCAUGGCCAAGGUUGCAAAGCAGCAGUCAGAAGAGGGUGAUAAGAAUGGCUCAGAGGAGGAAGAUGAGGAAAAACCUGGGAAAAGGGUGAUGGGCCCGCGGAAGAAGUUUGCCUGGGAUGACAAGCUCAGGAACCUGCUGUGCAGCUUGGUGCGAGUGAAGCUGAGCUGCUACGAGAUGGAGAACCAGUGCUCUCUGUCUGUGGAGGACUACCUCAAGGCCUUCUUAGAGAAUGAGGUCAAACCACUAUGGCCCAAGGGCUGGAUGCAGGCCAGGAUUCUGCUCAAGGAGAGUCUUGUCGUUCACAGUCACCUCACUGGAAACCCAGUCAAGAGAAGAAUGGUGCCUGGGCCCAAGGCCAAAGCCAAGGAGGGUCUUUGGAUUCACAAACCAACUCUCACAAUGACCUCCUCCCCGUCUCUGUCCUCCACCCGCCAGCCCCCUCGUUCUUCGCCCCCGGAGCCCAUCUGUCUGUCGGACUCACUGGAUGAGGAUCUGACCGCUCCCUCUUUGGACUCCAUCUCCCACGCACUGGCCCUCCUCAGCAAUGCAUCUAAGGGCCUUGGCCUCUCAGACAGUCCGUUGUCACCCCCACCCCUGCAAAUGCCCACCUCCUCUCCUCCCCCUGUCACCCCUCAUUACCCCUCAGCCUGUCAGCUCUCUUCCGCCAUUGCAUCAACAACGCAGCAGCAUUCCCUCUCUAAGGUGGAGGCUGCUCCGCUGGCGUCUGCUGGGAACUUGCCAACAACAACAACGCUACCAACCUCCUCUUCUACCUCCUCUUCCUCGUCUCCUGCUGUUUCCUCCUUGGCUCGUGUGCAGACAACAGGCCUGUUGCUGGCCUCCAGGACUGCAGAUGGUCCUUACGGACUGAUUAAAGGAUCUGGCACCAUGGGCCAAACCCAGACUCAGAGACUUGUUACCAUGGCAUCAUCCAAUCACAGGCCAAGCUUGGUGAUGGGCGUGAGUGGCAAGAUGCAACCACACCCGUCCCCAUCGCCCCCGAAGCAGCGACCCCCUCCCACCGCUUCCCCACUGCUGCCACCCCAUCAGAAGGGCUGGCCUCCAGGACUGGGGAUUCUGGGAGCUAUGGGAGGCCCUCAAGGACUGGCCAAGAGCAGUGCCAAAGCCGGCGGCAUCAGCAGCAACGGCAGCGUGAGCAGCAGCGUCACGCCUUCUUCCUCCCCCUCCUUACUGUCCCGCUCUAACUCUAGCACCCACCCUAGCCUGCAGUCCUUCUGCCCUCCCUCCCCUGUGGCCUCCUCGCCGUCCCACACCUCCCAUACAUCACACUCCUCUCAAGUUAAAUCCCACACACAUCAUCAUCAUCAUCACCACCAGGCGAAUUUCAUCACACCCAUGCAGGCCACCCUCACCAAGUCCUCCCACAGCAGCAACUCCUCUCCCAUCAUCAAGCUCACCCCUCGGCCUCCUGCUCCCACCCCGCCUCCCUCCUCCUCCUCCUCACCCUCCCCGUCAUCUUCGCCCUCACACCCGCUCUCCCUUCAAAUGAUCCCCAUCCAACAGCAACAACACCAGUACUCCCCCAAAACCCCCAAAACGUUUCGCCCCCCCUUCAGUGUAUCGUGCAGCGGGCAGGUGAAACAGACGCAGGGCAGCUUCAGUUUUGCUGGAGGCCAGAAAGCUCAGUCCACGACAAGUAACAGUAGCAUUAUCAACAACUCCAUCAACAACAAGGGAGUUAUUUCAGCCGUGUGCAGUCGCCCAGUCAGAACUCCCCUGUCUUCUGCACCUUCAGUCUCGGCCAAUCACGGGCAGAGGCAGAGGAUGGUGGGUGGGGCUAACCAGAGCUCAAAGGCAGGAAAUGGUUGGGCUGCUUCAGGAACUUUGGCCACGUCCUCCACAACGUCACACCUCUCACAGGUAUCAACAGCAGGCACUUCCCUCCUGGGCAGCCCCUCCACUCUGCCCCUGGGCUUUGGGAUGUUAGGGGGCCUUGUGCCAGUCUCGCUGCCCUUCCAGUUCCCCCCGUUGCUCAAUUUCAACCCUCCUGGAGCCCCAGGGAUCGCUGGCAUGGGCUCAGCCCCCAGCUCCAACUCAGGAUACACCCUAGCACAGAGCGACCUAAUGGAUCUGUAUAAGAGUCUCCAGGCAGGGUCGCAGGCUGCCCUACCUCCUCACUUGCAGCUUGCUUUCUCAGAUGCGAACCAAAGCCAGGGUGGAGACAUGAAGAGGAAAUCCCACUGACCAAUAACAGCACCGGAGGCCGACACCAAACCGGAUGACAUCACAGCCUCGUGGACACAUCCACCAAUAGGAAUCUUCACUUUGAUUGAAUGACACUGAUGUGGUAUGAGGGGGCGGGGCUCCACUGCCUCUUUUAAAAUGGACCUAAAGGAGAAUCGGUUUAUCCUCGCUGCAAGUGGCAAUGAUAAAUUAAUUUAACUGUAUUUUCUAAUGAACCGGGUAUGAGAACAAGGCGGAGUGAAUGAUGAGAACACUUUUAUUUUUUUUCAGCUUAUUUUUAUUUUUUGUCAACAUGUUUACAUAUGACCGACCUUGAUCACUGUGGAAUGAGUGUGAGCGAGGUGGUGAUACAGAUGAGAGUAGUAGUAUGCUACGUAAUAUAAGUUGUAUUUAAGCUUAUGUGGAAUAACAGGACUCUAGUUCUUGCAGUACAAAAAGAAAAAAAAAAAAAGAUUAAUUUUUUAUUUUCUUGUCUUUUUGUCUCAGAUGUGGGAAUCUUUGUGUCGGUAGAAAUUUUACUGUGGUCACCUCUGCUCCCACAAAUGACUGUUAAGUAGUAGCUUAAAUUAAUAUUGAUAAAUUAUUUGUAAUUUACACAGGGACAAAACAUGUCAUGGUGUGCGGGUGUGUGUGAGAGAGAGUGUGAGAGAGAGAGAGAGAGAGAGAGCGCAGUGAAGUUGAUUUGAAAGUGUGUAUGUACAUAAAAAAACACAAUAUACUGUUAAUCUCUUUCCAGAUUAUUCUGUAUUAAUGGGUAAAGAUGUGUACCCCCUUUUCACAAUAAUGAGCGAGUGUAAGUUUGAUGCCCCUCUCUUGCUCAGUGUGUUAUUGGUGCUGUUUAUUCACACUGGACCUUUUCUGGAAAAAAGACUUGAAUUGAAAAAGUUUUGGGCUUCUCUUCUGAAGAGGGGAGCCGCCUGUGAGAGAGGGGGAGGGG